CAAACUUCAAAUGAAAAUAUAGAUGAUAAUAAUAAUUAUGAAUACUUUUUCAAUCGUACCUAUCAAAAAGUUUGUCAAAUUAUUAAAACUAAAUCAGAAAUAACAAAAACUUUUUAUAUUUUAUUAAAUAAAACAUUACAAGAAGAAAUUACUAAUGAAAUACAAAAAGUUCCUGAAGUAUUAAAUAAUGGACAAAUUAAAAACCCUUUGACUAUAAAAUCUAAAGAUACAACUUGUAAUUUUGUUGAAGAAAAUGAGGAAAAAGAAGAAAUUACAGAAAAUUUAUCAAGUCCGUUACCUGAAAAGAUUCGAAGUUUACUACACAAAAUUUCAAAUCAAAAUGGUAAACCUACAAGUGAAGAUCGUGAAACAUUUU